AACUGCUAUAAACCUCAACAGAAGAAGAAGAAGAAACCCGUCUGUGUAGUUCCUGUUAGCAUACAGCCAAGAAGCACACACUGUCCACACUGUCGUUUUCCUCAUAAUUGAAGCUGAACGGUAAUUUAAUUUCAACUAAAAUGUUCAAAGGUCUCGGGACGUGGUUGGGUUUGGAGAACCCGACGUACACGAAGACGUCUGAUGACCCGGAGCAGCUGAGUGUGGAGCAGGAAGAGAAGGUGGUGGAGGCGCAGAACGAGGUAAACAAACAGCAACCAGCUGACCAGGCUGCGGAACCAGAGGCGAAGCAGGACAACUCCGAGCUGGGAAAGGGACUGGGUGACUACAUCUUCAGUUUUGCCACCAGUGCCACCAAGAAGAUCUCCGAGUCAGUGGUAGAGACCGCUCAGACCAUCAAGAAGAGUGUGGAAGAGGGGAAAAUCGACGGCAUAAUAGACAAGACCUUUCUAGGAGACUUCCAGAAAGAGCAAGAGAAGUUUGUCCAAGAAAAAAAGUCAAAAAAAUCAGAAGCAGCAGUGCCUCCCUGGGUUGGCUACAAUGAGGAGGAGACGAUCCAGCAGCAGAUCCUUGCCCUGUCAGCUGACAAGAGGAACUUCUUGCGAGACCCCCCUGCUGGUGUUCAGUUCCACUUCGACAUGGAGCAGAUGUAUCCUCUGGCUGCAGUGAUGCUGGAGGAAGACCAACUCCUCAACCGCAUGCGCUUCGACCUGGUCCCCAAACAUGUGAAGGAGGAGGCUUUCUGGAGGAAUUAUUUCUACCGGGUGUCUCUGAUCAAGCAGUCUGCUCAGCUCACAGCGCUGGCAGCACAGCAGCAGCAGAAGGACGGCGAGGACAGAGGGGCCGGCGUUUCACCUGAGGACGUAGUGUUAACAGACAAUGUCAGACCAAAAACCCCACCCGUUUCCAUCAGCGAUAUACAGAAGCCACCUCAGGAAGAAGAGGAGGAGAUGUCAACAAGUCCCGGAGUGUCCGAGUUCGUGAGCGACGCUUUCGACUCGACAGCCAUCAACCAGGAGGACCUGAGGAAAGAGAUGGAGCAGCUGGUGCUGGAUAAGAAGGAGAGCACCCCCUCUCCUGAUGAGGAGUCAGCUGACUGGGAGAAGGAGCUGCAGCAGGAGCUUCAGGAGUACGAGGUGGUGACUGAGUCAGACAACAAAGACGACCAGUGGGAUCAAGAGAUCGAGAAGAUGCUCCAGGCUGACGACAGCUAGACAACUACAGUCUGUCUGUCCGCUUCACAGACAGUGAUCUGGCCCAGAGUGGAUGACUAGUGAACAGUGAUGCACAAGAGGAUUAACUUACACAUCCUCGACUCCACCCCCAACUCCCAGCCCAGUGUGUUUACUGUUAUGUAAACAUUCUCCUGUACCUGAUGAAAGUGUAGAAUUGGUGAUGAAGGUUUAGAUAUGGUAAUAGCAAGAGUGUAUCCCCUCUGCUGGGAACAGCAGUUACACUCGGGUGUAUUAAUGAAGUGCUACUUCAUUACUUCUCCAUCAGUUAGUUUUACCUACCUGCUUUCCCUUACCAGUUCUCUUUUGACUGGGAAAAGCCGCUAGAGGGCGCUCCAGUACAAGUACCAUGAAUUUAAUGAUGGACGGGGCCUGUCUGAAAUCACAGAUCUGCAUUUCCACUGCUGCUUAUUGGUGGGUUGUACAGUAAAGGCUUAGUAUAGUUAUAGCACAUUAAAGUCAAAUGUAAAGUUCCAUUUAUGUAAAUAAAGAGGAUUCUAACACUAUACUUAACUUCAAGUUGCAUCUCCCUUACAUUACAUCCUCCUGUCAUUUUACAUUUUGUAUCACACUUUGACAAACUUGUAUGUACAUGUGCAUUCCAACUGAAAUACUGUACAUGUUCUGUUUUUUUCUGUUUUCCUUUAAUAAAUAUUUAUCUGUUA